GUGGGGGGGCCCUGUGGGGACGCCCUGUGGGGACCGCGGGUGCGGGUCGCCAUGGCGGUGGACAUCACGCUGCUGUUCCGGGCCAGCGUCAAGACCGUGAAGACGCGGAACAAGGCGCUGGGAGUGGCGGUGGGCGGCGGGGCAGAUGGCAGCCGCGACGAGCUGUUCCGCCGGAGCCCUCGGCCCAAGGGAGACUUCUCCAGCCGGGCCCGAGAAGUGAUCUCACACAUUGGCAAACUGAGAGAUUUUCUUCUGGAACACAGGAAAGAUUACAUUAAUGCUUAUAGCCAUAUCAUGUCUGAAUACGGGAGAAUGACAGACACAGAGCGAGAUCAGAUAGACCAGGAUGCUCAGAUAUUCAUGAGGACCUGUUCAGAAGCCAUCCAGCAGCUGAGAGGAGAAGCCCACAAGGAAAUACAUUCCCAGCAAGUGAAGGAGCACAGGAGUGCCGUCCUGGAGUUUAUCGAAGACUACUUAAAAAGAGUGUGUAAACUUUACUCAGAACAAAGAGCCAUCCGAGUGAAACGUGUGGUGGAUAAGAAAAGACUAUCUAAACUGGAGCCAGAACCAAGUACAAAGACUAGAGAGUCCGUGUCUUCUGAGGCAGUUUCACAGAAUCCUUCAAAAGACUCUGAAGAAAAACCUGUCACUGAAGAAUAUCCAGAAAAGGUUUUGCCAGACGCGCAGCCUGAAUUGGGAGCCUGGGGAGACAGCCAAGGUGAAGACGAAUUGUCCCCAGAGGAGAUACAGAUGUUUGAACAAGAGAAUCAGCGACUUAUUGGCGAAAUGAACAGCCUGUUUGAUGAAGUGAGGCAAAUUGAAGGAAAAGUGGUUGAAAUUUCCAGACUUCAAGAAAUAUUCACGGAAAAGGUUUUGCAACAGGAAGCUGAGAUUGACAGCAUUCACCAGCUAGUUGUAGGGGCAACUGAGAACAUAAAGGAGGGCAAUGAAGACAUAAGAGAGGCCAUUAAGAACAACGCCGGCUUCCGCGUGUGGAUCCUCUUUUUCCUCGUCAUGUGCUCCUUCUCCUUGCUUUUCCUCGACUGGUACGACAGCUAGGCGGGCGGGAUGGCCGACACCCCCCAGCAGGUGUGUGCACUACAAGAACCUCUGCCCGGCUGCUCCUGACAGCUAUGCUGUCUCGAAUCUCCAGCGCCAGGCAAGGCUGUGACCUGCCUUUAUCAUAGAGCAGGGUGGGGGGGUGGGCUGAAACAGACACGUGCCCUGACACAAGGGGGACACCCAGAUCAGUGCUUGUACGCCUGCCCUGUCUGUAGCUGAGAAAGAAAACUGCACUUUGAAGGUGGUCUGUGUAGCAGUCAUAAGGCAAGAUGGAUUAAAUGGGGGAGAUUAUUACCAACUGCACCCAGACAUAAGCCUGCCCGAGCCACAGUGCACAGCAGGCCUUCUGCCCCCAGAUGGUCUCAAAGGAGCUCAGUGACCUUGCCCACCCAGCAGUUCAGGAGACCCAGUGAACACCUUCUGGAAAUAAAAUGCUGAUGCCUUCUCUGUUUC